AUGGCGACAUCGUCCGGUAGUGUUUUCGGGGCGACGCUCAAGACCAUCACGACCACCAAGCUCGAAGAGCUUGCGAAGCAGCGCGCAGUGUUCGAAGAAGAGUAUGCUGCACUCACCACCGCCGCGAAAGCCGAAGCAGACCCACUGAAGCGCGUAUGUCUUCUUCUCGAUGGCUCGAAAACUUGUUUGGGCUUCCAGACGGAGCAGAAAACCAAGGAUGGGCGAGUCGGUCGAGUUAUCAGUGGAACAUCCAGGAACCUUCGUCUCGAGACCGAUCUCAAGAACCUCGAUCGCUUCGUUGAACAGGCCCGCUUUGAUCCUUCUGUUUCGAACAAAGUCCUCUCAGACUGGGAAAAGACACUGUUGCGUUAUCUUUCCGUUCAGUCGACCAAGUACCAGUACGCCGACCUCUACGGCAAGCUCGUCACCGAGUGGCUUUCUUCUGAAAAGUCUGCAACAGACGAUGGCGAUGUCGAAAUGGAUGAAAGCUUCGAGGAAGUGCCUGGUGCUAAAAAGCUGGCGUCCCGCGCCGCAUGGGAGAAAGACGUCUUCCAAGCAGCCGAAGUAGACGAGCAAGCACUAAGAUCGUAUCUUGAUGAGUUAUUCCAGGCGAACAAGAAAGAUAGCUCCGCUGCUAUUCGCGAGCUGCGCAAGACAGUCGAGAACUUCGAGGCUAAUCUGAACUAUUCGACACCGUUCAACCCCACUAGCCUUCACUCCACCAUCGAAGGCCUUCUGAAUUCCGAUCUUCUUUCGAAUGAGAAGCGAGAAGCGCUCAGGGACUUCCUCGGUAACGGCAAGUCUGUGUUCUUCAAGUCCGCAUUCUUGGCCAUGCACAAGCACCAAGCUUGGCCGAGAAACUCCACAGAGGUUUCGAAGGUUGACCGUUCACGCCGAUCGUACUUCCUAGGCGACAAAGGCACGGACACUAAGUCUAGUGUCGAGAAGAAGCGGAUGAGUACACAUCACAACCGAUAUUUCGCCCACCAGCUACUGGACUAUGAUACACAGCAAAUCGAGGCUCAAGAUGGUGAAGAGGAGGCCGAGUAUGGGGACUACGUCGCCAAGAAGCGCAAACCCAACGUGCAACGGGAAAUGGCUGACAACCAAAUGCAAUACCAUUUCAACACAAUUCAACAGCCGAGCGGAGGAAGUGUUAGCCAACUAUCCCAACUAGCCAGCACUCAGGGAGGGAGGACGAAGCAGACAGCAAGAAAGGCUACUAUCUCUAGCUCGGCUAGAGCCGCUGCGCCUAAUCAGCGUUGUGGUGCCGGCUUGUUUGGUGGGAACGCCCAAGCGGAGGUAGACGAAGACGACAGAGAUCGCGACGCGUGCGACUGGGAAGAUGAGGUGCACAGUCGUCAGUCGAAGAAGCCUAUGGAAGCAAAGCAAGGCCUACUUCAUCUCUUAUCCACCGAAAUUGUUCUGAACACAAGACUUCACGGAGGACUGACCUGCUUCUCUACGACUUUUGACUCGUGGAAUUCACUACUGCCACAUCAGACCAUUUAUACGGUUCUAGACUUUCUUGGCGUCUCGGAUAGGUGGAAGAAGUUCUUCGAGCGAUACCUUCAGGCACCUCUGAAGUUCAAUGAUGACCCAUCCGCUGAGCCGCGUUUACGCCGUCGAGGCAUGCCAGGCUCACACGCUCUGAGCGAUACUUUGGGGGAGGCAGCGCUCUUCUGCUUGGACUACGCGGCGAACCGAGCCGCCGGCGGGCCAGAUCUAUACCGUCUCGGUGAUAAUGUCUGGUUCUGGCACAGGGACUACAACACGUGUGCCAAAGCCUGGGCAAGUGUCGUCAAAUUCACAGAAGUUACGGGAACCAAGCUUGACCACAAGAAGACAGGCAGUGUUCGCAUCUCACGCGACUCCGAUGCUGAGAUUGACGACCAACUCCCGGAAGGUGAGAUUCGAUGGGGUUUCUUGCAGCUCGAUCCAAAGAGUGGCCAGUUCAAGAUCGAUCAGAAAAUGGUCGAUGGUCAUGUGGAAGAGCUCCGCACGCAACUGCAAGGAAAGCUAAAGAGCAUCAUCGACUAUAUUCAGGUCUGGAACUCGUAUGCGGCUACGUUCUUCAGUUCCAAUUUCGGGACUGCUUCCAACUGCUUCGGCCGCGAACAUGUCGACAUGAUGCUCGCCACCCAUCGCCAUAUCCAGGACAGUAUUUUUCCCGAUGGCAGCAUUGUACAACAUCUCAAGACGAUGAUCAAAGAGCGCUUCUCCGUUGCGGAUGUGCCAGACGGGUUCCUCUUUUUCCCAGUCGAGCUUGGGGGUCUUGACUUGAAGUCCCCGUUUGUUGAACCCUUGCAGAUCCGAGACUCUGUCAAAGAGAACCCGUACGAUCUGUUGGAUGAGUACGAAGAGAAGUUGCACGAUGAUUACGUCACCAUCAAGCGCGCCUUUGAUAAGGGCACUCGGCAUAACGUGCGCCGCAGUUUCCAGGACGCGAACUGGCAGCCUGAAGACCCCAACACAUUCCUACCCUUUGAGGAGUUCACCAAGUACCCCGAGACGUUCUCUGCCAUUGGCAAAGCAAAUUUGACGGAGAUCUACAAGGAGCUACUCGAGCGCCCGAAAGAAAAGCCCAUCGACGAUAGCGAACAGGUCCUGCAAGCGCUGGAGCAACUUGAGGGCCAGAGCAACUUACGUGGCAUCACCGCAGACUGGUAUACUAUGGAUGCGUACUGGAAGUGGAUCGCACAAAUGUACGGCCCGGACAUGAUUGGUAAGUUCGGUGGCCUGAAUGUCGUUGACUUCGGACUGCUGCCGAUCGGUAUGGUAUCCAUGUUUCGGCAGAGGCGUACCAAGUGGCAGGGUUGA